GGGCUGUAUGGUUGGGCAAUGUGAGGCGUGAAGGCAGUUGGGGGAACAGAUUUUUACCCCAGGUUGUUGGGGGCAGGAGUUGCUGGAGUUAGAAACAGGGUACAUUUAGGAGUCUGCAGAUUAGGGAAAUGGAGUAGAUGGGGAAGUGGUGAAUUAGAGGCAUAGGCCUAGUGGUCCAGGGUAGAGAGUGGCAGAUGGGUUUCUGGGUUUGAGCAAGGCAGCUGUCUGUGAUGAGGAGGUAUGGGAGACUUGGGAUGGGAGGAUUCAAGGGAGGAUGCCAUAUUCCUUGGUUGCUGAGAAGGAGCCGGGGAGUGAGCAGGGCUGGUGAAGGAAAAUGUGGAGAUGGCUUUUCAGCAGGGAAGUCCUCAUGGUGCAGAGUCCAGAGUGCUGAACGGGGAGGAUGGAGUAGCGUAGGAUCACAUUUUCCUAACUUUGUCUGAUGAGGGAUUUUCUGUUCUGAAUGGGACUUCACGUGCUGUCAUGUUUGAUGCUUUAUCCACCCCACCAAAAGCAGAACAAUCUCAGAAAUGCCUUCAAAUUGUUUAGCCUGUCAAGAUUUUCCAUUUCUUUUGAGGAAAGGGUGGGAGACCCCAAAAAAAACCCAAUAAAUUAACUCUCAUUUGUGCUUCCAGUGGUUGGAAACCAAGAAGCUAAACAAUAUCUGUUUUGUAGUGCCAAUAGCUGCAAAUCAAAUAACCAAGUUUAUUGUAAGUUAUCUGUUAUGUGAAGUUGGAGGAUAAGUUUUUUUUAGUGAAAGAGAUGUGAGGAAAACAAAAACAUAAUUCAGAAGUCUAGAGAACUCUAUUCUUGCUGUGGUAGUGCAAAGGAGUUUUCUCUGCAUGAGGGAAACCAUGCCAUUUUUGGGCCAAGACUGGAGAUCUCCAGGAUGGAGAUGGAUUAAAACAGAAGAUGGUUGGAAAAGAUGCGAGUCCUUCAGUCCAGAACUUGAGGAUGAGAACAGCCAGCUUAAUAACAACAUCAGUCACGCUGUCAUCUUAACUGAUGAUGAUGAAGAAAUCUACAGAACUGAAGAUUGUGAAUUUGCAGCCAAGAAAAGGAAAAAAGACCAUUUUCGGAAUAACACAAAAUCACAAUGUUUUUAUCGUGAAAAAUGGAUCUAUGUUCACAAAGAAAGCACCAGAGAAAGACAUGGCUAUUGCACAUUGGGAGAAGCUUUUAAUCGCUUAGAUUUUUCAAGUGCAAUUCAGGACAUCAGAAGAUUCAAUUAUGUGGUCAAAUUGUUGCAGUUAAUUGCAAAAUCUCAGCUAACGUCACUGAGUGGUGCAGCACAGAAGAACUACUUUAAUAUUUUGGACAAAAUUGUACGAAAGGUUUUGGAAGACCAACACAAUCCACGCUUAAUCAAAGAUCUUCUUCAGGAUCUGAGUUCUACUCUCUGUAUACUAAUUAGGGGAGUAGGGAAAUCUGUGUUGGUGGGGAACAUCAAUAUUUGGAUUUGCCGAUUAGAAACUAUCCUUACAUGGCAACAACAGCUAAAAAAUCUUCAGAUGAACAAGCAAGUCAACAAUGGUCUCACGCUCAGUGAUCUCCCUCUGCAUAUGCUGAACAACAUUUUAUACAGGUUCUCAGAUGGCUGGGACAUUAUUACGCUAGGUCAAGUGACCCCAACACUGUACAUGCUCAGCGAAGACAGGCAGUUGUGGAAAAAACUUUGCCAGUACCAUUUUGCAGAAAAACAGGAUACAGGGCAUCCCUGCACAGCCAAUGAUCCAGACACCUGUUUCAUGCCAGUUUCUCCGCAGCACUUCAUUGAUCUCUUCAAAUUUUAAGAGGUCCAAUAGCCUUGUUUUUGUUUUUGAUCAUCUUUGUGAAGAAUCAUGCAGUAUGUAUUAUGCUUUGUGUGCAAUAUCUUUUUAAAUGUACUUCAUAGUAAAAAGGGAUGUCUAGGAGGGAGGGGGGAAAUUGGAGAGGUGUAUUCCAAAUGCUAUUUGUGUGCAGAAAUGAACUGAAGAGGGAUAAAUAUCUCCAAAGAAGACGCAUUCUGUAGAGAUGUCUACAAAAGGCUCUUUUGAAUCCAAGAAAGAGUACAUUUUUAGUCCUGCCUUUAAGUCCAUUUUGUACUGAUUUAACAUUUCAUUAAGGCUAUUGAGACUUGGGGGGAGAGAGUUGUUGGAAGGGCUAUUCUUGGAGUGACCAAAAGCAAUUUGUCUUAAUCCUUCACUCUUUUUAUGCCACCAUUUUCCAAAUACUUACAUACAAUUUGCACAUUUAUAAAUAUUCAUCUGAUUCCUUUUUGGACUCCUUCAUAAAUAUCAAGUCAAUUACCAAGGUGGCGUUAAUCAUUGUGAGUUUGUGUGUGAAUAAAAUAUAGAGUUGUGAUUAUCUGUUGUUGAACCUGUUAUGAAGGAAACCAACCUCUGUACAUACAUUAUGCAGAAUAUUUAUUUUUCUUAAAAGGUAUUUUAUUAUCCACAUCAAACCUGUUUUUAAAGACAUCCUAAAUAGUAUGGGAGGCUGUUCAGUGGUUGCUGAAGAAUGAUGGGUUUUUCCAAUGGUAGCCACAGUCUUUUUUAUUUUUAUUUAAUUUUUAUUUUAAAUUAGGUGUUAAACUAUUGCAGAAGGACUUUUAGACAUCCUCGAGAAAGGACACAUUACUGAGCUUUAAUGCAGAAAAUGAAUACAGUGUGUUGCUAGGCCACUAGUAUAGUGGUGGUAUUACAUUGUUCUAGUAACGGAGGCUCUGAGUUGGAAAUUCUUUGCACUAAAAGGCAGCUUGUUGAUCUGAAGCACCUUCUGCUGACUAACCCCAUAGUGACAUGAAUUCUGCAAGAAGCUACCUUCUUAUACCUUGUAAAUUUACAGAAGGGGGGGGGGGGGCGCUGUCCAGAGAUAGGAAAAAAUAAUUAAGUUGUUCACAAAGUUUUUUGGAGAGAUCAUUUACCAACUGUGUAAUGUAAAGACAAAAUACAAAACAUAUUAUAUAUCACACUGCUUGUUUUCAAUCUAGUUUUGUAUACAAUGUAAUAAAUCAUGUUUUACCUAUUA